AUGCAUCGGAUGGGAGGAAUUAGAGCAGGACUGCACUUCCGCGCAUCGCACUCUAUUUUACUGACAUGUGACAUGCUCAGCACAAAGAUCGUGAACCUCUACAUCUUAACGAUGGCGGGAUUCAGAAGCCUUGCGCCCAAGACCAGGAACCUGGUGGUGGCUGGGGGACUGUCUGCCUUCGUGCUUGGGGUCUACUACUACACCAUGAGAGCGGUGGGAGGCACGGACGAGCUGCAGGUGGCGAUUGACAAGUUUGAGGAGAUGAAGAAGAAGGAUGCUGCCAGAAACUCCAACGCAGGAGGAUCAUAA